AUGGCAGCGGCAACUCAAGGAGCACCCCACAUGAACGGCGUURCGAGAAAGCCAUCAGCACCCGUCAAGAAGCCAUACGUGCCAGCCAAGAAAGCACCCAACGGCGUCGCGAGGCCAUCUUCGUACGCGCAAAAAGCAGCCACGCCUGUCCAAAACAAGGCGGCAUCAAUCGCAGGAGACAACGCGUCAGGCGGAGGUGUGACAUCUGCAUACGCCAUUAUGGCGUCAAGAAUCGCGAACCGGGUGGCAGAGAUGGCAGAGAGCAUCACGUUUGUGGAGAGACCUCAACCUCAACAUCAGCAGCCAGCGUCGCCUGCCCCAGUGGAGGAGAAGAAGAAGCCUCGAAAGCUGGAGAUGCGCCUGAACCAGUCGUCGGCUGACUCCAUUGCCUUCUCCGCUCCGUUCCUAGACAACACGCUCCAGAAGAUGCUUCAGCUCCAGAAUCGCAUGCUGAAGACGACUGCCGAGCUAUCAAAGGCCGAUGGAGUGACGGAUGCCCUGGUCAAGGAGCACGCAUCGCAGAGCGCAGAGCUGAGCAGGAUCAUCGCACUCAUCUGCGCAGAGAAGGCGCGGCAAGGGGCAUGA